AUGACGACAAACUAUUUAGUACCAAACACCAAACCGAUUAAUGGAAAUGUGUUUCAUUCAUUCGAAAAGAUAAAUGAAAUAUUCGCAAAGAAUGAUGGUAGAAGAUAUUAUAGAGAACUUGAAAGUUCAUGCUAUGACUCUGAUGCUCCAUAUUUUGAUGAUAAACAAACUCAUUUAAGAAUUACAAAUCCGGCUCAUGAUGUGAACCAAUUAGGUGACACAUAUAUUAAACGCAAAGUUAAAGCAACUCUAGUUUCAAAUAAAGCUUUCACAUGUGAUGCCGCUUUUAAAUGCAUGCGUUUAUUCGUUGGUUACAAAUCAUCAAAUCAAAGCUUUAAACAAUUAGAAGUAGAAACCGAAAGAGGUGAUGCCGGUUAUCUUCAGAUGGAUUGCGCCCGUGAAUCUUUCGCAUUUGCAACAUAUAAACCAAAAUCAGAAAGGAAAGUUAAAAAGUUUGUUCAUUCGUUAUAUAAUAAUGUUCAAAAAUAUGAUAACUCAGUAUGUGGUAAAUAUAUUGACCCUUCAGAAGUUUUCAA